GCUUCCCGUUCCGGCCGUGCCGCGGCUCCCGGGAACAUGGCAGCGGCGGCGGGCGCGCGGACGCGGGGCCUCCUCUGGGCGGCAGUGGUGGCACAUGUGGUGGCGUCAGGCGCGGGUUUUGUGAAGGAUCUGGAUGAGUCGUUUAAAGAAAACCGUAAAGAUGAUAUUUGGCUCGUAGAUUUUUAUGCACCUUGGUGUGGCCACUGCAAGAAACUAGAGCCUGUGUGGAAUGAAGUGGGCAUAGAAAUGAGAAACAUGGGCUCUCCAGUAAAAGUUGGGAAGAUGGAUGCAACUUCCUUUUCUAGUAUUGCAUCUGAAUUUGGUGUACGAGGCUAUCCAACAAUUAAGCUCUUAAAAGGUGACUUGGCAUACAACUAUAGAGGACCUAGAACCAAAGAUGAUAUAGUUGAAUUUGCUAAUAGAGUGGCAGGACCUCUUAUCAGGCCACUUCCUAGCCAGCAUAUGUUUGAGCAUGUGCAAAAGAGACAUCGUGUACUUUUUGUGUAUGUUGGUGGUGAAUCUCCUUUAAAGGAAAAAUACAUUGAAGUUGCUUCAGAACUAAUAGUUUAUACGUACUUUUUUUCUGCCUCAGAAGAUGUAGUGCCUGAGUAUGUGACAUUGCCUGAAUUACCUGCUGUUAUGGUCUUCAAAGAUGGAACUUACUUUGUUUAUGAUGAGUAUGAAGAUGGUGAUUUGUCAUCUUGGAUAAAUAGAGAAAGGUUUCAAGGCUACCUUAAUGUUGAUGGAUUUACGCUGUAUGAACUUGGAGAUACAGGAAAACUUGUGGCUAUUGCAGUCAUUGAUGAUAAAAACUCUUCAGUGGAACAUACCAGACUAAAGUCCAUUAUUCAGGAAGUCGCUAGAGAUUACCGGGAUCACUUUCACAGGGAUUUCCAGUUUGGCCAUAUGGAUGGAAAUGAUUAUAUUAAUAGUUUACUAAUGGAUGACUUGACAAUCCCUACUAUUGUUGUACUGAAUACCUCCAAUCAGCAGUAUUUUCUACCAGAUAGGCACAUUGAGAGCACAGAAGACAUGGUUCAGUUUAUUAACAAUAUCUUGGAUGGUACAGCUGAAGCACAGGGUGGUGAUGGACUUCUGCAACGAAUCAAGAGAAUAAUCUAUGAUGCCAAGUCUACCAUAAUGUCUGUGUUCAAGAGUUCACCACUGCUGGGAUGCUUUCUCUUUGGGCUGCCCCUGGGGGUCAUCAGCAUUAUGUGUUAUGGAAUCUGCACAGCUGAUACAGAUGGAGAGGUAUUUGAGCAUGAGGGAGCUAAAAAGGAAAGUGGCGAUCGGGAGCUCACAGACGAAGGCAGUGAGGAAGAACAAGAGGAGGAAAAGAGUGGAAAAUACACAGAACUUUCAGAUGGAGAGCUUAAACAGAAAGACAUAAUGGAAAAGAAAAAAGACUAACUUGUUUAGCAGAAGAAUUCUCUAGAAUUUCCAAAUAGAUUUAUUUAUUGAAGGUUUUCAUUUAUUGAUGAUCUUCAUGAAAGAGGACCGUUUUGUCUGCAUUAUGGUAGUUUUGACUUGCAUGUAUUCAAAUUUUCUCAGAAAUUGACA